CUCAAAAUAAUUGCAGUAUCUCGACGAGAAACGUUUUGACUUUUUAGAUCAUGCCGUUCGUUUGGAAACCAGGUUUGAAACCUAUGCUGUGCUGUCUUAUUGACGACUAAAAGAAUACAGUGCUGUGUAUUGAAUCUAUGGUCUUUAUCAGUUGGACGAUCGAGUUGGGAAUUGAUUCCUGAUGUUCAUGAUUGAAGAAUACAUUUCUCCAAUUACCUAGUAAUUACCUGCAUGCUUUUGAAUUGCCCUUGCCUGGGAGACCUGUAAUAACUCCAUGUUGAUGCUGAUAAAGUGCGUGGUGCGGAGUACCGUCUAUCAAGUUGUCUCGUUUCCUGCUGUCUCGGCGGUCCGGCCUUUGCUUCGUCUGACGACAUCUCACAAGGUGGUUCGCUUCUUGGCCAGCAUGAGCAGCGCAGAGGCACCACCAUCGUUAGCAUGCACUACAGUGCACAGUGUCUCUGAAGGGGCAAGUCUAGGUGCUGAAGCCGCCCACGUGGAUCAAGCCGCGAACGAAUGCACCGCUGAAGUUGCAAAGGCUACAGCGGAAUGCUCGGAAGGCGCAACGCUCUCAAAGAAUCAGCGUAAGCGUCUCGUAAAAGCACAGAAGUGGGAAGAAGGUGCUGCUAAGCGCAAGGAAAAGCGCAGAGAGAAGCGCCAGGAAAGACGAGCCAAGCACAAGAAAGAGUUUGAUGAGGGUACACGAGAGCCACGCAUCUUUCAGGAAGACACGGUGCAAGUCGAUGUCAAUGUUGUCCUGGAUCUGUCGUAUGAGGAUAAAAUGACACCGCAUGAUGUUAAGAAGGUCCGUCAGCAGCUGCAUACCUCGUAUGCUGCGAAUCGGCGGAAUUUGCGACAGGUGCGUUUGCACUUCACUAGCUAUGGGGGCUCAAUCAAAGAGCAGUGUGAACGCUACAGUCCAGGUAUUUGCAAUUGGAAGUGCAAUCUAACUGAACAACCCUACUACAGCGUCUUCCCGAAGGAACAGAUAGUCUACCUUGCACCCGAGUCGCCGAAUGUAUUGACAUCUCUGGAAGAAGGCAAGGCGUAUAUUGUCGGUGGCAUUGUCGAUCACAACUCCCAAAAAGGCUUGUCAUAUCAGCUGGCUGAGGAGAAGGGGAUUUACCACGCUCGGCUACCCAUCGGCGACCAUCUUCAUCUGAAGACCCGACACGUACUGUCUAUUGUGCACGUUGUGGAGAUCUUAUGCGAGUAUGUCAACAAACCCGAUUGGCUGGCUGCAAUGCUAAAGGUCAUCCCUCAGCGCAAAGGCCUGACACUACUUUCUAGUGUUGCUGGUGCAAAGCAAGAUAAUGAUAAGAUUGAUAAUGCUGACGAUGAGAACGCUGUACCGGAAGUGUCGUGCGAAGCUCAGGCCGAGGACCGAGUUGAUGCGGAAAAGCAAACAACUGAAUGAAACAAUCGUGUUUUGUCGCAGUACUGUGCGCUGAUAAGCGCCGGGCGAUGUAACCCUACACAAGCAGAGAGGGGAAUUCCCUUGCCUCGGAUACCACCAGAAAGUAGCAGAUAUGGGAAUCUCGUUGCAUGCGAUACCAGUGGGCAGCAGGACGGCUUACUUGUUGGUCUUGCAGUGGCUGCCCUUGACCUUGUGCAGCUGAUGCAGCGGGUGGCAGGGCACCCUGCAGUCGCAAUCAGUAAGAGAGUUCGCUUGGUGUUGAACUUUUUCAAAAAUACACACCACAGUGUUUGCAUCACUGACGCUUGGACGUCGAGGAAAAGUGAAGGAGUUUGUUUGAACUCUUGUGCUGCCAGCUCUCCGCAGUAAAACACCAGCGCUACGCUGCUAGCAACUGGAUGUCCAGCAGCCAGGAGGGAAGCCGGACGUAUCCUACGCAUGAAGAGAGCAGUGUAAACAUCUGAACUGCCAGGAUUGGUUACAGAGUGGCAAGGGUUCUCUCUCUCUCUCUCUCUCUUUCUCUCUCUCUCUCUCUCUCUCUCUCUCUCUCUCUCUCUCUCUUUCUCUCUCUCUCUC